CUAGGUCGCCUUGAUUCUUUGACCGCGGAAAUCUGCAGAUUCCAGAUAUGAAUAAUUACCGUCACCAUGGAGGCGGCGGCGGUUAUAGUGGUAUAGAAAUACGCAACAUGCAUCCAAGAAUAUCACAGAACUUCACUUAUGUUAGCUCGUGUGUUAAAUAUCUGAUAUUUAUGCUAAAUUUCAUUUUUUGGCUAUCGGGUGGCCUGCUGCUUGGAAUUGGCCUUUAUGCUUUUAUGGACAAGUGGGAAUCCACGGGAUGGGUGCGCCUAGAAACUUUCUACGAUGUAAUACUCAAUAUCUCAUUGGUAAUGAUGCUUACCGGAGUACUUAUAUCUAUGGUCAGCUUUGCUGGUUGUUUGGGUGCACUACGUGAAAAUACUUGCCUGCUUAAAUUUUACACUAUGUGUUUACUAAUGUUCUUUCUACUAGAAUUGGCUAUUGCCAUUAUGGGAUUUGUGUUUCCACAUAAUAUGAAUUCCUUCCUCGAAGAUAAAUUUACUGAUAAAAUUAUACAUUCGUAUCGAGAUGACCCAGAUUUGCAAAAUCUUAUCGAUUUUGCCCAACUCGAGUUUAAAUGUUGUGGACUGAGCAAUUCUGGAUAUCAAGACUGGAGCAAGAAUGAAUAUUUCAACUGCUCGUCACCAUCGGUGGAACGCUGCGGCGUCCCGUACAGUUGUUGUAUCAACGCAACUGAUAUUAGUUCGGGAUUGGUCAACAUUAUGUGUGGUUACGGAGUUCAAGAGCAUUCGGUAGCAGCGGCCAGCAAACGUAUUUGGGCAAGCGGGUGCAUUGAAAUUGUGCGUGUUUGGGCAGAACGUAAUCUGUACACCAUAGCUGGCAUUGCACUGGGCGUUGCAUUAAUACAACUAUUCAUUAUAUAUUUAGCUAAAACUCUGGAAGGGCAAAUUGAUUUGCAAAAAUCUAGAUGGGCUGCGUGAGUUUUUUAUUUAAGCAAAAGUUGAAUGGUGCGUUGCCGACAUAUUUGUAAUGGUACAUAUGAAUGUCCCAUAUUCAUGUAGUAUAUUAUUCGUGCUUUCUUAUUAGUCUUUUUUUUAUACGUUUUUGUGCUCAAUACUUUUAAAUCAGAUUGAAAUUCAUGUGUAUAAGCUGUAUAACUUGCUGUUUGCGUUCAAAAAUCAUUCGACAAUAUCGAAUUUAAAAUGCAUUUAUUAUACAUAGGUACGAGUGGUUAUUUUUAGCAGCAUACUCUGACAAGCUAUAUUAAAUUAUAAUUACAUAUAGCAUUCAGUGUAUACUACUGCACUAUUCAUACUCAUACCUGAACAGGAUAAACGAGGAUGUGCCCAACCUAUGCCCGGCAUGCGAAUAGUUGCCACCUGACUCACGGCACCUCUUCGCAUGCCUCCCAGAACCCUACCCAGCUAACGCUCUGUCCCUAUGGACAGAUCCCGUUGAAGUCUGGCACUUCCUGGGCCUCCUCUUAGCUGAAACAGACUACAUCGUUGAUGGAUGAGCCGACCCGAGCGGGGCUUAGUAGCAACAACAAAAACUACACUUCACUCAAAAAAUUGCACAGAUUAUUAGAAGCCACUAAUCUUGAAAUCGUUUAGCUUAUGAUACAAGCAUUAUAUGCAUUUCAACUAAUUGUUCUCAAACUUUACAGUUUUAUUAAUAAAAAAUUUUGCAAUUUCUACUCGAUUUUCUAAAAUUAAUGCACCCACACAAAAUUGAUCUUCCAAUUAUUAAAUCAAAAUGAAAGUGCGUACAUAUAAUAAAUGCAUAACAGAUGCAGUACCAUUUGUAUGUUUUUCUCCCGUUUUAUUUUUUAAUAUUUAGGCUGAAGUCCUAAAUGUAAAAAUGCAAAACAUCAGCCUCUUUUAUUUCU